GAGCCGUCGCUUUCGCUCGGCAGUGGAAGACACUUCUUCCUCGCCGCUUCUGCCUUUUGAUCCGGUCGCAUCCAACGCGCGCGACCUGGUGAACCAGGACGCACCCUCUCCACCGUCCCACGAUUCCUUUCUUCUCCGUCUCCGCGUAGCAAUCAGAGAAAGAGAUCGAUCGGCCGCAGGAGGGAGCAGCGACAGCAGCAGAGAGAUCGCCGGCCGAGAGAGGAAGGAAACAAGAGAUGGACGAGAUCAUGAACAAGGUGGGCGCUUACUGGCUGGGGCAGAGGGCCAACAAGGAGAUCUCCUCGGCCGGCGACGACCUUGAAUCGCUGUCGACCAGCGUCGGGGACGGGGCGAAAUGGCUGGUGAACAAGCUGAAAGGCAAGAUGCAGAAGCCGCUGGCGGAGCUGCUCAAGGAGCACGGCCUCCCCGUGGGCCUGUUCCCGCGGGAGGCGACCAACUACGAGUUGUCGCCGGAGACGCGGCGCCUGACGGUGUACAUCCCGUCCCCGUGCGAGGUCGGGUACCGCGACGGCUCCGAGCUGCGGUUCGACGCCACGGUGUCCGGCACGCUGGGCGAGGGCCGCCUCACGGAGGUGGAGGGGAUCAAGACCAAGGUGCUCGUCUGGGCCAGGGUCACCGCCGUCAAGGCCGACGCCGCCAAGGUCCACUUCACCGCCGGGAUCAAGAGGUCGCGCAGCAGGGAAGCCUACGAGGUCGUCAGGGGCGGCAUCACCGUCGACGAGUUCUAGCUUUUAUUUUGCCAUCGCGGCUCGGAUCGGAUGGAUAUGGAUGGACGAGCUUCAUCUUUGCUUGCUGCACGCUGAGAUGGUUGCUUGCAGGAAUAAAUUCUACAUUCAUUAGCUAGCUGAGAGAUUUGCGUGCCCUGUAAUCGUGUGUUUUGUGCUUCGCUGUGAGUAUUUAAUUUAACACCUGGAAGGAUUCAGAACGUGUUCCCAUUACAUAUAGUAUCAUGCAUAUGUCUCGUGUCUGUCA